AUGACGGGCCUGUACGACAACAACCCAUUCGACGAGGAGGAGGUGAAUCCCUGCAUAUAUCUCGCGCUGCGACAUUGUCUUCCUCAUCUCUUCCUUUCUCGAUCUUCCUUCUGGGAAUGGGCAUUCGAUGGGGGAUCUGUUCCAAGAAUAAUCAAUCCUGGGGUUUCUCCUUCACAAUGCGCGUUUACCAGGGCUCAGCGAUCCUUGUCCUUGAGGGCCUGAGGCCGGUAACCAAGAGACCUCGUAUCUUGCUUUCCGACGAGGGCCCUUAGACUGUUUCAUUGCCCCUGCCCCUUUUUCUAUCCGGCGAGAUUGACUUUGCCACGCAAUGGAUUUCUGCCAAGAUUUGAAUGGUUUUCGGAGGUCGGGAUGAUGGCUCAAGGAUCAAUUGUAGUAGCUGCAUCCAUUCUGACCCCACUCGGGAUCAGUCUCAUCUGAAGAAAACACAGCAUUUUUACAUCUUCUGAACGGUGGUUAUGGUGGUGCGAACAACACAAGGUUUAUGUAUCCAUCUGCUCAAACAUUGCCAGAAACUCGACGAUUGCUCAUCUAACUACGUGACAUUUUUCUGGUUCUCAUUCAGUAACGCAAGAAUUAGGAAUGCAUAUGAUCUAGUAGAUCACUGCUCAUUAUAAUCUUAUGGGUCAUUAGUGUUUGGUUGACGGCAUGUGCUGCGCGCAGUUAUCCUCCCAUUUCCUUUCAGGGUGACCAAGUUUUGAAGAUAUAGUCAACAUGCUCAGCAUCUUGGGCAAAGAGCGAGCUAGCUUCAGACAGAAAAGUUGCUGCAACCCAGAGUUUUUUUUUUUCUUUUUCCCCUUGUUCUUUUCCUUUUUCUAUAGGCGGGGUGGUGGCCUGUAAUCUUGAGAUGCCAUGUGGAAUCUGAAUGGUAUCUCCUCUUGCCAUUAGAGUUACAGUCUAAGUUGCUUUAGUUUGAGCAGCUCGCAUGUGUAGACCCCAUUUUUGAAAUGGAGUGUACACCUGCUGUUUUAUAUCUAGUGGGGCACGAGCUUAUUGCGUGCACUUUGAAAUGGGGGCUAGCCGCUUUGAAAAUAAGGUGCGACUAUCUUCUCUCACAAGUAUCAGGUUGUGGCUGCCGGUACUGCGGCGCUUUAAAAGCUUCCCAGUUGCCAAUUCGAUCUCACCGGGAUCUCUGUUCGGGUCAUCUUAUUUCCAUGGUCACGAUCAGCUCUCUUAAAGUGCUGCUACAUCUGGGAAAUGCAAUAGGCAGAAAUCAGUGUUAUGAAGCACUGUGUGAGAAGGGUUUCUACCCGUAUAUACUUUAGUGGUCUGCAAUGUCAACAAGCAUUUGAGAAUAAUUUGGGCCUGAUUGGUCGACAUAACUUCUAACCAGGUCACUGUGGAGGUCAAGGUUCUUUUGCUUGAAGAUAUCGCCACCUCAAGCCACAGAUGAAUUAGUCCUUUCUCAUACUCAUUUUACUAUUAACAUUUUAAAUAAGGUUGGCAUACAUUAUCAGAAAAUUAAUUCUACUCUUUCUAGUUACCCUAAUUCAGUAACUUAUUCAGAAUCUUACUAGAUUCUUAUUUUUCAUGAAAUGUUUCACAUGUUAAAGUGACGUAAUCCCCUUCCCAACUUCAGAAUAAAAUGAACAAAAAACAAAGUAAAAUUAAUGAAUAGUUCCUACAGUCCUAUCAUGCGCUGAAUUCUGUCUUUAAGUAUCAUCAAAUAUUGUCCCAUUUAUUGAAGUUUUUCUAUUUGUAGCUCGUUUUCUCUUUUUAUGACAAGUGACUUCAACCCUCUGGGCUAUGUAAAAAUUUUCCGGAUUCCUAGAGACGUCCACUAAGUCAUACCUCUCCUUGUCCCUACUCUUAAAUCCUAGAGUGACUGAGAACUACCCUUCUUCAAGAUAAAAGGCUCGUGCCAUCUUCAUGUGUUUAGUUUGUGGUAAGUUACUCAUACUUUGUAUUCAGCAUGCCCUUUCUCUUAGACUGAGCCUUUUGAGAAACGUGGUGACACACUGAGGUUGUUAAUUUAUCGUCACUUUCAUCCAUUCCCUUUUUUCUUCUCCUAGUCUUUGAUUAAUUUUAUUCUACCAAUCAAAGGUUUAACUUCAUCUUUCAACUCACCUAUGUUAUCUUCCAUCAACUCAAUAACACUUGUCAGCAGCCAUCCACAAGAUGUGCAAAAAUAUGUGGAUCCCAAGUAGGCCUUUGAUGAUUGAAGAUGUCAUCCAUUUCUUAGCUUGGUUCCAGUACUUUAUAUUCUCAGAAGAAGACGGUAGAGCAUGAUAUCUGAUGGAAAACGUCCUCAGUAUCGUUACACGUGUACAAAUAUGGGCUCCCAGAGACCGUGAAUACAUUCCCACGGUAGAGCAAGAUGUUUUGUCCUUGUUUUGCUGACUUUUUCUUUAACAACCAAAAUACUUGAACAUGUUUUUUGUCAUAAUUUAGCCAAUGCAUAUUUUUCUCUCUUUUCUAUAACUGGCAUAAGAUGAAAUUUAUUGCUCUUUCAAAAUUUCAAAUAUUUAACCGCUUCAAUAGUGUUUUAAGAUGCACUGUAUUUCCGAUACAAACUAUCGUUUAUCCUACAAAUCAUGUAAUAUGAGAUGUAGAAUUUUUUAAUGAAUUAAACUACGACUGUAUGGUAUUCUCUUGAUAAAACAGCAAUUUUUCAUUGAAAUAUCAUAAGAAUAUUUAACCAUAGUUACUCAGUUAUUGUUAAUACCUGUGCUCUUUUAUUUUUUUCCUUUUUAUAACCAUAGUAUUCUUUUAUGUACCGUCUUUUAGUGUUUGUCUGCUGUCUAUUUUUGUAGAUGCUAUUCGUGCCUAACUAGUGUUUUGCGAAUUUCCCAGAACCUUGGGAGUGUCCCUCCUGCCUCAAAUUCCAGGCUUUCACCUCUUCCUCCUGAACCAGUUGACUUUUACAAUGACCGUGGUGCCACAGUUGACAUUCCUCUCGAUAAUGCAAAGGUAUCUUGUAAAUUUAAAUGCUGAUUUGGUGUCUAGAACUUCAGCCUGAUAUUUCCGUCUUUAAUUUUCUCUUUUGAUAAGGAUUUUAAAAAGAGGGAGAAAGAACUUCUGGUGAAGGAAGCUGAACUUAAGAAGAGGGAACAGGUACAUAACAUUGUUUAGAAAAUUACAACUGCCGAUCCUCCACCUAUUUUAUUUGAUUCAGGUGCACAUAUAGGUGGCUAGUUUUUUCGUGUUUUGGCUAUCAACUUUGUACCUCUCGAGUCUGUUUACAUUCAUGUGGCAAUUCAUUGACACUCUUGACGUAGCUGUGAAUGACGGAUUGGCAAUGCCGUUGAAGGCAAGAGGGCAUGGGAUGAGGAGAAAAAGUAUGAGUGCCAUGGUGGAAACACAUAUUUUUUUCAGCAUAGGAUUAAGAGCCAUCACAUCAAAAUAGUGCAAACUCUGGAUAUAGAUGACUACAUGAACAGUGUUCAUGUCGCUUUUCAUCCUGUAUCAAAACAUGGAGCUGAACUCCAGGUUUUUUCGUAGCCUUAUAAAAAAAUGGGGAUUGAAAUACUUGGCUGAGGCAGGGGCUUCUUAUUUUAAAAGAUUGUACAAAACUGUAAGUUGCGCAUAAGGCUUUUAGAAUUGAAAAGUACUAUCCUCGUAAAAUUUUCUAAAAACAAGAAAAGAGAUGCAGUGCUGGGGGGACAAUCUCCUCACUGGAAAAUCUCCGCAGGUCUCAUCUAAAAAUUCAUUCUUUUCAUUUUUUUUAUUUGAAUGAGGAUUCAUAUCUUUUGACUGCUGGCUGUUUGCCAGCUCGCUCAGGGAGCUCAGCAUUGGAGUCGAGAUCCCAAGUUCUGCAACCGCAGUUGUCCAGAACAGCGGAAAAAGUACGGUGAACACACUAAUAUACCUGGGGGUUUCACAUCCGUGGUCUAUCAGCAUAAAAACUUUUCUAUUUCUUUAGCUAAAUUCUGUUUUACUGGUUUCUAAUAUCUACAUACACUGAAUAUACUUUCUCUUGCAACUCUAAAAGGGUCAUAAUCCCCCAGAACGAUGUUGUCACAUGGAAGUUUGCUUUCACGAGGAUAUUUCCGACUGUUUAUGACAUUCAGUCACCAGUCGUUUCUUGGCCUUUUCGUUCUUAAUUCUGCUGAAUUGUGUGUCUAUGUUGGCCUUGGUUGUCCGCAAGACUAUGCCAAUAAGCACUAAAGGGAGAGAGAGGACACUCGGGCAGAAUAAUAUCUCAUCCUACUAAUUGCCUAAAUUUUUUCCAUUUUGUAUGACUCUUAAUCCUAGUCUGGUGUCAUCACGGCACUGCAAUUUCUUGAUAUGAGAGCAUCCAUUAUGCAAGAUCAUUUUUUUUUCCCGAUAUGGCUAUUCUAUAGGCUUUUUCUUAUCAUCCUCUGAUAAAUAUUUUUUAUGGAAAAUUGUAGCUUUUUUGUGGCUUUUCUGUUGCAUGAAAUGCUGUUUUCAUUUACCUGUCAAAAUUGCAGGAACUAAAACGGAGGGAAGAAGCUGCUGCACGAGGUGUCUUUAUGUUCCGUAUACUCCAUACUGCUUUAGGUUUAUACUUCAUUGAAUCUAAUAGGCAACACAAUUUUGUUUUGCUCUCUUUGCAGCUGGAAUUGUUAUUGAGGAGAAAAAUUGGCCACCAUUUUUCCCCAUUAUACAUCAUCACAUUGCAAAUGAAAUCCCCAUUCAUCUACAGAGGUUGCAGUAUUUUGCAUUUGCAUCCUUGUUAGGUAUGCUUUCCUAUUCUGUGUCAUGAAUUUCCUGAGAUAUGAGGAACUGUUUUUAUUGACGCAGCUAUUUCAAGCUUUGAAUUCUUAACGUGUUAGCCUGUGUUGUUAUCUGUCCUCUGCUAUUUGAUGUUGUGGGUUUUCCUGAAUUUGGAGGAAGAAUUUCUUUUUACUCAUCAUGGAUUGAGCCUGAACUUUAAAUAUUCGUUCCCAGCGUUUGUGAAAUAAAAUGUACUCAGUUUGUCUUUUGGCAGAUUUAUGAUUUUUUUUAAUAGUGCAAAGGUUUCGUCAGCAUAAAGUUUUGUUCGCAUUUUCGUGAACUGUGGACUCUCUGCAGGGUUGACUGCUUGUCUUUUCUGGAACAUCAUAGCUGUUACCGCUGCUUGGAUUGGAGGACGAGGUACAGGUCCAAUUUCAGCAGUUUGCACUUCUCUGCGUGAAUUACGUGAAAAUUCUCUGUUAUGAAACAUUUUUGGGUAUUACAUCUAAUACAGUUACAUAAACUAAAUAAUCUAAGAUCGGAAUAAUUUUCUUGUAGGGGUAAUGAUAUGGUUCCUUGCAAUUAUAUACUUCAUAUCCGGGUCCCCUGGAGCUUAUGUUUUGUGGUACCGACCUCUUUACCGUGCUAUGAGGUAAGACAAUGUGGCAAUGUAGUUUCAUGGCUCUCUCUGUUCUUAACAGUCUAAGCUAACCAGCUAGAUUUAACUUGUCUCAUUUUUUGGCCCAACGUGGUGUUUCCACUCGCUGAAAAUUUGUCGGUGAUUGCAGGACUGAAAGUGCUCUGAAGUUUGGAUGGUUCUUUUUGUUCUACUUGGUCAGCCUUUGCCAAUUCCAUUUUCAAAUGCUUAGUAGCUGCAUAUUUUUAGUGCUUCUUUAUGGUAUAAUUUCGAUUGAAUGAUAACUUAUAUGAUUCCACCCUCAUUGGCCAUAGGUUCACAUAUGCUUUGUUGUCUACGCUGCUGUGGCUCCGCCUGUAAUCUUUAAAGGAGAAUCUUUAGCGUAAGUCUCCAGAUAUUCUGUUUUUCAAAAACCUAGUUAAUGAAGGUUGGACUGUAUAGAAUAGGUAUAGCUGUCUUCCUUCAUAUAGAACAAAAAAGACUUGCUAAAGGUUUAUUUAUGGCCAUUUAUAUUUUGGAAAGUUUUUCUUGUCGUUAUAGUUGGACGAUUGAGAUGCCAUAUAUAUCUUUUUUUUACCUUACAUCUGUUGUCCUGGAGUUGCAGACGAAUCCAGAUUUAUUACAGCUUGAUGAAUUAAUCGACAAAACUGCUUCUUUUGGUAGACAUGCCUGAUAUUCUUCGUGAUUAUUGUGUUCUCACUGUGUAUAAAUACAAUGAAAUGAAUGCUGAAACACACAACACAGAUAGGUCGUGUAUAAAUGUGGAAAAUGGCACUGAUUGGCGAGUGCUAGAGAGAGGUUUGGGAUUACCUCGUGAUCUCUCUUUGAUCUGAAACUCUGAUUGACGUGGUUUGAUAUUCAUUAACGAGAUCCGGUUCUAGGUCUUGAGAACUAACAUACAUCUGUAGUGCCUACCUUUUUUACUCUUUGCCAUCAGAAUUGUUGCAUAAAAAAUCAUUAUUUGUUGGAUUAAACAUGGCAAUAUACUGUCGUAAAAGAAAGGGUUUUACUGGUUGCGCACUCAGUUGAUCUCAUCCCGUGAAGAGGGUUUGGCUUCUUCUACAAUUUUUCAAAUUGUCUGCAUGAGUUUUUGCUUUGUUGAAUGUGCACAUUGCCAAUGGGUGCUUGAUUUCAGGGGGAUUCUGUUUAUAAACAUAUUCGUCUCGCAUCAGAACAUAUCUUUCCUUCCGGGAUUUUGCUGAUCUUUCCUAUGUUUUGUUUGUGCAGUGGCAUGUUUCCAGCAAUAGAUGUUGUCGGCGACCAUGCUGCGGUUGGGGUAAGUUUAUUCCAUUUUUUGGAAGGGAGAAGGGGAAAUAAGUGAUGUCGACGGCAUAAACGUUGACUUUGGGUUUUUGAGAUCCUUGCAUUUACUGGCAGUUUUUGUCCGUCAACACUCGCGGACAAUUUUCGUUUAUCAUGGUUUUGGAUCGACGAUCCAGAGUAACUCGAUACUUGUUGUUUGCAGAUAUUGUACUUUAUAGGGUUCGGAUUCUUCUGCAUUGAAUCUCUGCUCAGUAUAUGGGUUAUUCAGGUCAGUUUCUUCUGCUCUCAUCAAAGGUGAUGAUGCUUCAGGCAGGGUUGAAUCACUGCUCAACAACGUUGGGUUCUGAUUUGAUUUGGCGAAAAUGGGGUGGUCUUCGUUCUUAAAAGACGACGGUUUUCUGGUAUACUCUACCUCAUUACGUCGUCUGACUCGAGGAGAGAGAGAAAAAAGGGGGGGAGGAAGAUGCCUCGGAAAAAUUCCAUCUCAUCGUCCCUUUCUCGCAAUUGUUUUGGUGCCUCCAUCGAUGUCGAGACUGAACGAUCGAUUUGUAUCGCUGGGGUCUGCAGCAAGUGUACAUGUACUUCAGAGGGUCCGGAAAGGCUGCCGAGAUGAAGAGGGAGGCCGCGCGAGGCGCCCUGAGGGCUGCGAUAUGA